UAAAAACGUCAGAUUCCUUUUGUACGUUUUUGGGAAAAAUAGAAAGGAACGCUUGGCAACACUGAUUUGUAACUCUUUCCGAUUUCAAGAUGCCGCCCAAGAAGGACACGAAAUCUUCGGCAAAACAGCCGCAAAAAACUCAGAAAAAGAAGGAAGGAUCAGGAGGUGGCAAGGCCAAGAAGAAGAAGUGGUCCAAAGGAAAAGUCCGUGACAAGUUGAACAACCAGGUGUUAUUUGACAAGCCCACAUAUGAGAAGCUUUACAAGGAAGUCCCACAGUACAAGCUCAUCACCCCCGCAGUUGUCUCUGAAAGGUUAAAGGUCCGAGGAUCCCUUGCCAGGAGAGCACUCAUUGAACUUAGAGAAAAAGGAUUAAUCAAGCAGGUAGUUCAACACCAUGGGCAGGUGAUUUACACCAGAGCAACUAAGGGUGACGACCCUGUGGCUUAAGUUAUGUAUAGGUUAUAAAAUAAACAAAAAAAAAUCUGCAAA